AUGUCUUCCGAUAAAGCCUCAUCGAGUGUAAUGAACUCGACCAAUUCCAAUAGACAAGAAAUGUUGAGAAAGAAGUUUUGUAAAGACUAUAACUUGCCAAUCUCUAUCACUACAAGCCCAUAUUUUGAAUAUUAUUUGGAUUUGUAUGAUGAUUAUUUGGGAUGUAGAAGACAGUGGAAUACCAUGUUACAGAUUGUAGAUCAACAAUUCCGAUCAUCGGAAGGAUUGUUUUCUUUGGUCGUUAAUGACAGCGUGUAUCGUAUUUUAAAUAUCAUUGAAAACUCUGACAUUUAUGUGAAUUAUUUCAAUUCUUCCAAAGUGAAACCAGAAGAAAUUUGGGUUACAAAUUAUUUGAAAUACUACCCAAAUGCCAAUGUUUCUGCCAAUAAUUUAGAACCAUUUUUCCCAAACUUGACCAACGUGCAACAGGAAGUUUAUACUGGUAAUUAUGAUGGAUUCUCAUUUGUCUCUGUAGAUAUGACAAGUGCCAAUUUUAAUAUUAUGAGAUUUGUUGACCCUGAAUUGACUUUGAAUUGUAAGACAUACAAGGAAUUGAUUCGUUUUGGAUUGAAAUCAAAAUUGGAAGACCCAAACAACAACUAUCAGACAAUGCACAAGUUGGAUGUUGAUAGUUUGCUGAAGGAUGUGCAAAAUGAUGAUAGCCCAUUCUUUAAAUAUGUGACCGAUGCUAAAUACUUGAGACAAGUUGUUUUUGGAAAGUUGUCUCCAAAGCGACAACAAGUCAUUCAAAAAUGUGUCAUGAGAAGUUUAAUCAAAUUAUUGCUCGAAAAAGCUGAUCAAUGCGACAACCCUAUCGUCAAAAAGUAUCUCACCACUGAUCGAUUUGGAUCUUGUACUGCCGACGAAAUUGUCAUUAGAGUUUCUGACACUAAGAGAGACAACAUUGCUGAACAACUUUCCAAACAAGAUCAACUUUUACACACCAAUAUUCUCAUGAAGUUUAUCAGAGACACUAUCGACAGUGAACCUUACUUGCAACAAGUUACUUUCCGUGUUGAAGGUUUUACUCUCCAACAAAUUAAGAGCUCAAAAUUGGGAGACAAAGCCGUUGGUUAUGUUAAAGAAUAUAUCAACGAUCAAAUGCUUGGAGAAAAGAGUCAUAGUGAACAUAGAGGAUUGCUCAAUGUGGAAUUUAAGGGAGUCACCAAUUAUUUAUUCCCUCAAGUUUUCAAACAUUACUUUGGAAAAGAAAUUCAAGUUAAUGAUCGAAAAUUCUUACUUGAUGGUCAAUUCAUUGCUACUCUCGAUGAACCUAUUUUCUAA